AUGAAGUGCGGCAGUAAAGCGCAGCACGGCGACGGCCAUCUCUUCUUUUUUGCAGAUGUUUUUGCACUAGGCGAGUCUCCGCAUAUCGGCGUCGGGAAAGCACCCCGUUUCGUUGCCACUGUUGCCGACGAGAGAGCAUCGCCACUGCUGACAGCAAUACAUGUGACAGACGUCCUCCCGGAGCGCGUGCGCAUGCUGGCCGUGGAUGUGAAGCUGCCUCUUCAGAGCGUGCUGGCCGCUGUCCUGAGCGAGCAGCACCCGGCGCCCUCGCUCCGACCGAAGAGGUCUAGAGGCGGAGCAUUGCCAGAGGGCGGUGGUCCUGGUGACAUGCUCCGGCGCGAGGGCCGGGAGAGCCUGUUGGAGGAGGUGGGUUUGGAGGAGGGAGCGCCUCUGUGCACCGGUGUGGUGUCCGCAGCGUUCCCUACCGAUGUGUUGGCAGAGGUCUGUGAGAUUGAUGCGUCCUCCGGGCCAGAGGACUCGUCCGCGCCCGAGGAAGGCGAAGCGGAGGCGGCGCCAGCGGUCCGAAGAUGGACCUCGCCGGAUGAUGGCUGGGGGACGCACCUGAUCCCUUCGGACUUGGAGAAGAUGCCCAUGGGAAUGCCUGUGACAGUAGGGGAGUUAGCCGACUUCCUCUCCCUUGCCUGCUCACCGAAGGCACAGGAAUCCGAGGAGGAGAUGCUGGACUGGUCACUGGAGCAGUGGCGAGCGUAUCGCCUGAAGCUGCGCAUGGCAGAGGAGGCCCAGGCGGCCCAGACUCAGACGGAGGAGAAGAUUUCAAGCUCGCGCCUAGACUUGGUCGAAGGGCCAAUUGGUCCCGUGUUGGUCCAUCGUGUGCCAUGUGCUCCGCCAAGGCCCAUACUCUGCGCCGAUGAUGCGGACGCGACCCUCCUGAAGGCAGUGCAGCUGCUGUUGGCAUAUCCGCAGUGCGAUGCGCUGCCUGUGGUGAGCCCGGUGCGGUUGACGGUGAUGGCUCACCUCACGCUCUCCUGCUGCUUAGCCUUCCUCCUUGGCCGGCUGCGUGGCGAGGAGCUGAUGCCGCUGGCGUGCCUCAAAGUGGGAGAUGGCAGCGGCAGCGCGCCCCCCCAGCGGAAGUUCGAGUCCUCAGCGUACCAGCCUUCUGCGGAGCCCAAGGCGGAGGACCAGGCGGGCAACGCCCCGUUGCCCUGGGUUCUCAGCCAGACGCAGCCUUUGAGUGAGCUCCUGUGCUUCUUUGCCAAAACGCAUCACAGCUCCGUCCCCAUCGUGGAGGACGAGAAAGGUGCUUUGGUCUGCAACCUGAGCAGAAGGGACCUCUUGUCAUACCUGGAUCUCGCCAUGCAGUCGGCAAGGCAGAGCAAUGCACGAGACGGGGCACCGGAUGCUUCCGAGGAUCUUGUUGAGUUUAACACAGCUGCGCCCAUCGAGGUGCUGGUCAAAGCUCUGAGAAGAUACAGAGUCGCUCAAGCCCAGAUGCAGGCACCGUCAGCAGCGCCUUCCACGCUGCAGGAGCAAUCCCUCCUAGACACCCUCAUGGCCGAAGCACCACAGGACCCUGCGAAGAAGGGCCAGGCACCCCCUGAAGCGACGAGCCGGUUCAGUCCUGGAGCUCACGAGCACGAGGUUUCGGUGACCUCUGUCCUCGCUCUCUCCAAGCUGCUCAGAAAUUGA